AUGGCCAAACUCUUAACAAGCUUAGGCAUCAUAACUGUAAGGAGAUGUGCCUAUGUGACCCAUAUUGCAAGUGGGGGCCCCAGAGGUUACUCAGAGAGCUUUGGCUUUCUGAAAGACAAAAUAAAAAACUAUCUGCUCCCUUUCAAAAAAGUCAAAUCAACAAAAAAUCAAAAAGCCAGGAAAUCAAGCAUCAUGAGCUCAGUUACAGAUGUAAACAAAAGUGCCUCCCUGGCUGCAGAGGAACAGCCGAAGGAAACUGAUGGCCCCCUUCCUGGCUCAGUCAAUGACCAAGAAAAGAAAGUAAGAUUAUCUCCUGCCACAAUGUCAACCAAGAAUUCUACAGAUCUAGUUCAGUAUGUUGACACGGGUCAUUCAUUCCUUCCUGUGAUUCCAAACACCCAGAGAAGUCAGCUAGAAGACAGACUGAACAACCAGGAGCGCACCAUCACUUUCCUCCUUGAACAAGCCUUCCGCAUCAAGGAUGACAUCUCUGCUUGUCUUCAGGGGACCCACGGCUUUCAAAAAGAGGAACUGCUUGCCAGGAAGCUACUGGAAAACCACAUUCAGACCAUCACCAGCAUCGUCAAAAAACUCAGCCAAAAUAUUGAGGUUUUGGAAGACCAAAUAAGAGCUCGAGACCAGGUGGCCACAGGAACUAAUUUUGCAGUACAGGAGCUAAACACCAAACACCUUCAAGGAGUUGGAGAUCUUCGAGGAAGAGUAGCCAGAUGUGACUCCAGCAUUGUGAAGCUUUCUGGAGACAUUCAGUUCAUCGCGCACGAGCACCGGAAAACUGAAAAAUCAAUUCAAGAUUUUAUGUCUGCCCUAGAAACUGUUUCUAAGAACUUGGAUGUGAAGGUAAUGCAGCUCUUAGGAAAGAUUGAGGCUUCCAGUUCUGAGCAAAUCUCAAAUUUAAAGAUGGUCCAGGGAGAUUAUCGCCAUGAAAUGAACCUUUUGGAGUUCAAAUUUAAUUCACUUUCAAAUAAUCUAUACGAGGAAGUUGAGAAUCAUCAAAAAUGGACAGAAAGCCGGUUCAUCACCUAUGAAAAAGACCACCUUGGCCAUAUGAAUCAAUGUCUGAAGCUCCUACAGGAGAAACUGGAAAAGUCUGAAAAUAAAAUGGAAGAAAAAUUACUGAAGCUUUCAAGCAAAUUAGAGAAUCUCAUUAACACAGAGAAACAGGAAGCAGAACUAAGCAAAGUAAAGCAUAUAGAAAAUAAACUGUCCAAAAAGAUGAACCAGCUGGAAAAGCACAUCUGGGGUGAAUUAGAGAAAAUGCAGAGGGAAUAUCAAUCAGGAUUUAAAUCAAUUCACGACUCUCUCAGCUCCCUCCAACAAAUACAGAAAACAAAGAUGGAUUUAGAGAAAUAUAAAGUACAGAAAGACCUAAAGAAAUUACAGCGUAAGAUAGUGGAACUCCAGGAGGUAUAAAACGUUUCAGUCAUCUUUUUCACCAGCCAAUACAGUGGUUUGUUGGUAAAAGUCGGAAAGAAGUUAUUAUCUCUGGGGUGUUUACUGCUUCUUAUAUUUCCGUAUUUCUUACCACCUUUUUAAGGAGAUGAACGUGCCAGAAAAUCCAAUAAAGCAAAGAAAUUUA